AUGUCGAACCAUUCGAAACAAAACUCAAGAAUAUUGAUUGUCAGGGGCGAGAUUGCUGGACGAGUUGCCAUCGAAAACUUCGAGAUUGACUAUCUCUUGCUCAAGGUCCAUGACAACAUUCCUCCUACGCAUCGAUCUUAUGCGGAGAGGCUCCUCAUUGUCGACGAAUUAGGAUGCUACGAGGCCAUGAGAGUGGUGGCCCAGGAUGCAGCAAUGGGAGUCACGCAAAUGCGAGACGAAAAUGCCAAGUCAUCAUGCACGAGGCACAUGGUCCAGCGAUCACUACGAUCCUGA